AUGUCGCGCAAUGUACCUCUCAAGUCUCUUGACGGUCAACCGCCUCCUUCAUUUCUCACUCGUCACGUGUCCCCUCUACAACGACAUCUCGUCUCGCUGUGCGCAAACAGCAUUCUGUGCACCCACUUCACAACGACCAGAGAGAGCCCAUCUUUCAUACUCGCGGCUAUAAUUUAUGGCCUCUUGCACUUUCACUUAGUCGCAGGAAUUUUUCCUGUUUUCCUGGCACCCAUACACAGUACCUGUCUCGCAACCACUCCGCCCCUCCACCAACCGCCUCUUGCCUUCAUCACUAGACCGCUCGAAUUACCAAUCUGA